CCCUGAUGUGGAGGAAGUAAUUUCGUCCGAAAAAAGAACAACGAACAUGUUUCAUUUACGAAUAUUCCUUUUAAUUUUCUUUAUUUCAGCAUUUUCAGAUUGCCAGAGAACCACAAACAAGAUGUAUGUAGAUUUAACAUCUGUCACAGGUGGUUGCUUUAGGAACUUGAAUGCUACACAUCAAAUUGGAUGUUCUUCUGCACUUGGCGGUAAUGUUGGUGUUCUUCACUACAUUGAGAGUCAUAAGGAUUUGGAAUGGGUUCUCAGUGAUGGGCCCACUGCUCCCUUUGUGGUGCUCAUGCAACCUCUCGAUUUCAACUUAACUACGGUCAUGAAGCUGGUCAACUCGAAGCGAGUGAACGGAAUCCUACUGAUCAACUCGAUGAACUACACUCAGCCCGCCAAGUUUUCAGCCGACCACAGCUGUCCAAACGAUGCCUACGGUCUUUAUCACAACAGCAGUGAAUACAGCAAGUGUCAACAGGUGACCUGGAAUAAGGCCGGUAAUGGAAUAUUCUUUAAAGAUUUCGGAAUAUCUAUGUUCGUGGUUGACAAUGUGACAGACUUGAAUCAUCUUAUCGUUGAGUGUUAUGAAAAAUUUAACAAACCGGUGGACGGCAAGGUGAGGAGCUAUCCCCUCUGUGCCAUUCAGCUCAAGGAGGCAAUGGAUGGAGCAAAGGAUUCAGUGACCUGCAUUCGACGCUCAUCUCUCUACACAAACCUCAACGACCCUAAGAUCCUGUGCGAUUCCCUCGGCGACAAGAAUGUCAUAGCAACCAUUAAAACAGUCAGCACUAAUGUUACCAAUGACUACAGAGAACCAGAUUCUGUUAUUGUUGUCGGAACACAGAUGGAUUCCUUUUCCAUGUUCUUUAACGAAUUCAUGAGUUCCGAUAACACCGUCACGGGGAUCGUCUCCCUUCUCGCCAUUGCUGAGGCUCUUGGGAAGGUCCGUACUGAAAUUAGCAAUGACCCCAAAGCCAAGGACAUAAUGUUUGCGUUUUUUCAAGGCGAAUCCUGGGACUAUAUUGGUUCAAGUCGCAUGCUCUACGAGAUGGAGAAAGGCCGAUUUCCCAGCAAGUUAAAGGACGGCAUCAGAAUGCUGAAGCUGAUCAACAUAACUCACGUGUCGCACUUCGUCGAACUCCGUCAACUAGGCCUGCGUGAUGAAGGGAAGCUGUGGAUACACUCAGAUCCACUCAGUCGACGAACUGGCAAAAUUGACACUGAGAUUGGAAAAAUGAUUAGCAUAUUAAAAGAGGCCGGCUCUGCCGCGAGUGUUGCUAUUAACGAUACCGGCAAGACUCAGCCGCUGCCACCAGCUUCUGUUCAGCGUUUCCUGAUGAAGCGUGCUCUGCCGGCCAUAGUAGUGACUGACCACAAAAAAGCGUACACCAACCAGUAUUUUAACAGCCGACUCGACCUACCGCAGUUUAUUAACGCCUCAUCCGACCACUACGACAACGUCACUGAGCAGUCUGAGGAGCUAACGAAGUUGUCAACGGCCAUAGCCAGGAUGUUGUACAAGUUGUCGACGGGAAAGGACGCCUCCGACAGCCUUUCUGUCGACCCUAUGACUGUUGCUCAUCUGUUGUUUUGCUUCCAACAUCCUCCACAUUGUGAACUGUUUAAUCAGAGCGUCGAUGAAAUAGAUCUAAAAGUCCUACAAGAAAUUGACCGUCCGUUUCCAUUUUACGUGUCGGUUGCGAAGAACACGAAUCACAUCACCUAUCUGACUCAGAAACUGCUCGCCCAGUACAUCGGAGACAAAGUUCCUGACAAAACUAAGGAUACCUGCAAAGUUGAUGACAAUGACAAGAAUGAGACUUGCACAUAUUUAUGGAUGCAAGGAUCUCUGAAUGGCACAAAGCGUGAAGGAUGGUGUAUACGUUCAACGGCCCAGUUAUCGGACGCAGAAUCUCCAGUUUUUCUCAGUGAGAUGUCCGACUAUGACUGGAAUUCGGGGGUCUACUCCACGUGGACCGAGAGCACGUGGACAUCGUUUGAAGUGAGAAUGUUUCUCAUUCCCAGCGAGCAGUUCAAGACAACUGUUCUAUCACUGGGCGUGAUCAUCACACUGUGUUCAUUUCUACUCGUCUAUUUCAUCAACAAGAAUUCCAAUAUUUUAUUUCUUCAGUGCGGAUCGCCACGAUACUAUACCUACUAGACCUGUGUUCCAACAUGACUGUCAGUGUCAAGAGUUAUCUCCCUUUGAAGAAGUCUCAUUUUUUGUUUUUAGGCUGUGAUCACAUAACCUAUCAUCAUUGGAACAUUUAUUUUACAUCAUAUCAAGUGCAGAAGACAAUGACCAUUCUAGUGAAAUCAGGGAUGUUCCAUAUUAUUACAAGGGGUGGAAGGUGGUGGUGUUAGAGUACCAUGUACCCACUCUCCCCAUGUAGUUACAGAUGUAAACUUGGAAAGACAAAACAAAUACAAAUUAGAUGCAAUAUCAGGCACCGCGGAAGCAAGUAGACAUUGUGGGGGGGGGGGGGCUGACUGAGAUCAAGGGCGCAUGGCAAAGUUUCUAGGGGGUUUGGGGGUAUGUGCCUUUGUAAAAUGUUGAAAACUAGAUGUCCUGAAAUGCACUUUCCUGCAUUCCACAAGUAAAAUUCAUCUCUGCCUUAAGAUUUACUACCAAUAAAAAAAAAAAUCAGAAUUAUUGAGGGGGUUAGAGCCCCACCCACCUCUGCUCCGCGGUACCUGAUAUUUUUUGCAUAUCCAAAUGUGUUUUUUCAUCUACACUCAUGUACACUGUACAUGUAUGUCUUGUUUGUUUUUACUGCAAUUAUUAAAUGAUCGGCCCUUGAAAACCAGAUCAUUUUGUGAAGGCAGUUUAGUACAGAUAAUAACAAGUAAAUACUCAAUAAUUAUAAUCACAGAUGAAUCUCACGACAUCUUUUUGAGAGAGCAAUGCUGUUGGCCGUCAUGAAUUUCAAGGACCUAAUGAUUGUUCCUUUUAUCAGUUCAUGAAUUUUUUUUUUUAAAGAUUUCAUUGUUGUUUCGUUGUUUGCUUUGCCUUUCUAGUUUGUACAGUGUUACUUGUUAAUGCUUUUUGCAAAUUUUAACUUUUAUUAGAUCAAACAUUGCUGUCACGUUGUAUGUACAAUGUAUAAUCACACAGUUAUUAGUUACUGUCAGAGGUGGGAUCUAGCUAAGUCAAUAGAGCACUCACCUGAGGUGCUUUUUUCUCAUUGUGAAACAUGGUUAGUCCCUGCCCCCCCCCCCCCCUCCCCCCCCCCCCAAGGUGAUUUACUCUGCAACAGCCCUAAUAAUGACCUCUGACCUACAUGCAUGUCUUUGCAUCCUGAAGCACAUUGUGGAGGGGGGAGACUUGAAGUCACGGACCCUAGUUUUUAAACACUGGUGUAUUCCCCCCCCCCCCCCCCCCAAUUAAAAUAUUUAAGUGCUUAUUUUUUCUUUCAAGUUCUUUUUUUUCAUUGGGAUGCCCUUUUGACAUGGCAAUUCGUGUGCCCUUUCCCUGUAGCCCCCCCCCCCUAUAUAUUUUCUGGAUUUGCCCCUGAUCAUAUAUACUAGUAUAUACUCAUGGAAUAAAGUUCCUGUGCAUCAUUAAAAUUUCAGUGAGACUUAUAUUUUUUUUUUUAAUUAAUAUUGUGUUUUACAUAGAUGUACUAUUUUUCUGUUAAAAUUACAGUGAUUCUCGCCCGUCUUCUGAACCAGAAGUACGGUCUACACAAUACUUGGUGUGACGAUGUAACAGAACAACGUUUUGAUGUACACACUGGGUUCUAAAUGAUUCCGUAGUUCUUCCACUGAUUGGCUUUAACUCAGGGAUGUAUUGGGAUGUUAAACUUUUCAUUUCCAAAAGAUUCCAUACGUGUACCCACUUGAUAUUAACGAGUUGUAAACAUGCUGUUAGGUGUCGACUCUCUAAACAUGGAAGAUCCCUAUUAUCUAUAAACUGUCGAAAACAUCUUCACAGAUACUGCAUAGUGUUCUGAUGAACACCAAAAUGACUAGCAACAAUGUUUGUGCCAUUCUAACCUCAGUCAUACCCAUCGCUCGAAGAAGUUCAUUUUCUUGGAGGCAUGGCAUCACACUGACAACGAUCAGAUACCAACAAAAGUAUUGUUUUCUGAGUGAUGACAAUCCAUACAAUAGUUUUAGAGUCCAGUGAUAAGAAAAAUGAUGUCAAACAGGAGCAUGUGACCUAGAAUGCUAGUAAUGCAACUUGUGAUCACAAAGCAUGAAUAGUUUGUGCAAUGGACAGGACACUGCUGGAAUAUCGAAGGGAGUGGUUACACGUUCAUUUACUUACAUUUUUAUGACCAUAUGUCAAAUAAAUUAAUUUCUAUAUGCAAUAAUUUGUUGCACAGGAACUUUUUUCCGCGAGUAUGUAUAUAUUAAUUGACACAAGAACUCUUUUAAAUGUGUUCUCUUGAAAUUAUAAAAUGGCAAUAUCACAAUGUUCUUCUAUUUGAUAUCAUCACUUAAAACAACAUUCUGUUAUUAUUAUAUAUUAUUUUUCACCUGGCAUUUGUCACUGUUUUUAUUUUAAAUUUUUAUAAUUUAAUGAAUAAAUAUAUAACAUAUAUAUAUAACAUAUAUAUAUUUUGUAUGGAAAUAUGUAUUUAUAUAUUUGUACAGUCUGCUUAAUUGUAGUCAGCUGUAUAUAGUGUACAUAUAAUGUAUUGGUUGUACAUAAUUUGGUUGGUCUGUAAUGUGUGAAUUUAUAUCGGAUUCUUAUUUAAUUUGAACAUUUAAUGAUCUCAAUGCGUACGACUUGAAACAGUUCAGAGAAUUUAACAUCAUGCUGAGUUUGAGCUAGCAUGCAUGAGCCGAUAUUUUCUAAUUUAAUUUUCAGUUGCAUGGUGACCCUCAUUAGGGUGUGGUAGCUUGAAGAAGCCAGGUUAUCCGAGCCAGUUGCCAUGGGGAUCAAGACUAAAGAAGGGGCCCAAUUUACCAAUAUUGUAUAAAACGUCUUUGGUAGAGAAAAUUACCAUGUACAAUGAACAAUAAAAUAAUAAUUUGAGGAUUUGUUAUUCUUUCUACCCCUUCAUCUAUAUUAAGUCGAGGUUAAAAGUUUUAAUGUCCAUUCAAAACAAGCUGUUAUAGCGCACGCCUGUCCUGGGCACAGGUUCUGACCACUGCCAGUUCAUACAUGUAGGACAGAAGCUUAAAUUUACUUAUUCCUUUUAAAUAGGACUGGUUUUGUACAUCAUACUGGCAGUCUUCAUUGGUUAAUAUGCCAGGAACUUGACACACAAAUCUAACUAAUGAUUAGGUGUCUCAAAAUGUGUUCCGGUAUAUAUAUAUAUAUUUUGUAAACUAGGAGGGUAGGUGAGGGAGAGAAAUGCAUGUGUAUAAAUCUUACAUCAUUCAGACCCACCUUCCUGUUGUGAAAUUUCCACACAAGUAUUUUUCGUUGCCGAAAUUUACAUGUUCCAAAUGUGUGUUAACAUGCAUAUUUGAGUAUGUUUUAAAGGUUAUGUAUUCUAGUAUAAUGGGAAAGACGAAAAAAAAAUUGUACCCCCUACCCCCAUUCAAUCUGUUUCGAGUCCACUAAAAUUAGACUUGUCAUACCACAUUAUGACACAAACUACAUUCCAUACUGAAUUUUCAGAAAUACUCAUGUAUCAUUUGGUGCAGAAUGAUUCGUUUUGUAAUUGUUGAUGUGUAUAGUACAUUGCUUUGUAAAAAUAAAACAAAUCAAUAAAAAUGUAUAUAAUUA